UAUACCCAUCGGUUUAUAUCUAUACAUAUUAUAUAUGAUGACAAAAGAGAGAUGUGUGGGGUUAAGUAAAAAAAAACGUUAACGCAGAUUUCAUCUCUAUAUAUAAACAGCAUCAUCGAAAGAAGUAUAUUUUUACCUCAUAAAAAUAUACUUGUAUAAGUAUCGAGAGAGAGAGAAUGGAAGCACUACAUGGAGUUUCUUCCGGAAAGUUUGACAUCAAGUCACCGGCGGACAAGUUCUUUACAUCUUUCACCGACGACAUAGAUAGCACUUUUGACAUAAUAUCAAAGGAGAAGAUCACUGAGUCCGUGGGUUGGGAGAAAAGAACAGUGACGUUGAAUAUGUGUGGAAAUCUAGUCUCGGAUAGCUACAGUACGUUCAAAGCAACCAUCACGGUCACUCCCAAGGAAGAUGAGACCGACGGUAGCCGUGUGGUGUGGACCGUGGAGUACGAGAAGAUCCGUCAUGACAUUGGAGAUCCAAUGUGGAUCAUCGACAUUCUUAUCAAUUACUUAAAGGAGACUGAUGAAUAUCUUUGUAUGUAGUCUGUUUUUAAUCACAAUGUGCGUAUUUAGUUAGGAUAUAACCUAACAUCUUAGGUGAAAUGGGAACUAAAUGUGUUUCUACGUUAAUUGCAUUAUAUUUUUUUUACGUUUGGCAUAUUGGGGUGUAUAAACUCUCAAGACUUUCAAGAUGAAUAAUAUGGAU